CUGAGGUCCCAGCUCUGCUCCUUUCCUGCUCGAAACUUCUUCAACUUCUUUGUCAGCCGGCGACGCUUGUGCUUUCUGCGCCACCACUGAAUAACGAAGCACUGCCAUGGGGCAGGAGAUGUGUGCGUUCCGUGUGAGCAUGUGCAUCAUCAUCUCGCUGUCGAUCGGAAUCGGAAUCGCAAUCUCAAUCUCCCACUCUCCCGGGCACUCGCUCUCCGUGUGAGUCUCCAUUUCCCCGCCCAGGGUGGCGCAGUUGGAAAAUGAGCGCGUGCGAGGCGGCGGCCGCCGGCAAGGAGGAUGGGCUCCCGACCCAUGCCAAGUGCGAGGCCAAGGAGAGCCAGCCGCCGGAGGAUCAGCAGAAGAAGCAGCAGCAGCCGCAGGAGAAGCACGAAAAGCACGAGAAGCACGAGAGGCACGAGAAGCAUGAGAAGCAGGCGGAGAAGCAGGAGCAGCUUCCCCAGAAUGGGAGCACCGAAACGGAGGUUGCAGAGAAGCCCAGCCAACUGGAGGCCAUCCGGAGCUCCGUUCUGCUGGACGGAAGUGCGGCUGCUCCCUCGAUAGACGCACUGGUGGCCUGCAAGGAUGCCCUGCUCGCCCAGAAGCUCUUCGCUGCGGCCGGACCCAGUCCCACCUCCUCGGCGAUGGGACCCGGCGGCGUCUCCGGCAAGGAGCUGCUCAAGCUCAAGGAGCCCAUGCGCGUGGGCUUCUACGACAUCGAACGCACCAUCGGCAAGGGCAACUUCGCCGUGGUCAAGCUGGCCCGCCACCGGAUCACCAAGAACGAGGUGGCUAUCAAGAUCAUCGACAAGUCGCAGCUGGACCAGACGAACCUCCAGAAGGUCUACCGCGAGGUGGAGAUCAUGAAGCGCCUGAAGCAUCCGCACAUCAUCAAGCUCUACCAGGUUAUGGAGACCAAGAAUAUGAUCUACAUAGUGUCGGAGUAUGCCAGCCAGGGCGAGAUCUUUGACUACAUAGCCAAGUACGGCCGGAUGUCCGAGUCGGCGGCCCGCUACAAGUUCUGGCAGAUCAUCUCGGCGGUGGAGUACUGCCACAAGAAGGGCAUCGUGCACCGCGACCUGAAGGCGGAGAACCUGCUCCUGGACCUCAACAUGAACAUCAAGAUCGCGGACUUUGGCUUCUCGAAUCACUUCAAGCCGGGCGAGCUGCUGGCCACCUGGUGCGGAUCGCCGCCCUACGCCGCUCCCGAGGUCUUCGAGGGCAAGCAGUACACGGGUCCGGAGAUAGAUAUUUGGUCCCUGGGCGUGGUGCUCUAUGUGCUGGUCUGCGGGGCCCUGCCCUUCGACGGCUCCACGCUGCAGAGCCUCCGGGAUCGGGUGCUCUCCGGCCGCUUCCGCAUACCGUUCUUCAUGAGCUCCGAGUGCGAGCACCUCAUCCGGCGCAUGCUCGUGCUGGAGCCCACGCGGCGCUACACCAUCGAGCAGAUCAAGCGGCACCGCUGGAUGUGCCCCGAGCUGCUGGAGCACGUCCUGAUAGCCAAGUACAACCUGGGCGCCGAGCGGCAGGCGGCCCUGGAGCCCAGCGAGGACAUCCUGCGCAUCAUGGCCGAGUACGUGGGCAUUGGGCCCGACAAGACGCGGGCCAGCCUCAAGAAGAACACCUACGACCAUGUGGCGGCCAUCUACCUGCUGCUCCAGGAUCGCGUCAGUCACAAGAAGGAGCAGAGCAAUGGGUCAACUGCCUCCAGUCGGAUGCUCUACAAGAGCACCAAGAUCGAUCAGCCUCCCCAGCAUCCCCAGCAGCAGCAGUCCAAGACAAUAUCCACCAGCUCGAUCCUGGCCAAGGAUCAGGCCCACAAAAGACUUAGCCGCCACCAGACGGUGCUCAUGAGUGAGCGAACCACGCCCACUGUCCCGGAUCCCGGCUACUACGCCAAGUACGGCCCCCUGCAACUGCCACUGCCCCACAUGGCAGGGUAUCUCAACGGAGGAGGAGGAGGUCCCCCCGUGGAGGUGGAUGCCGCCGGAAUGGCCCUGCCCAUGCGGUACACGCCCCUGCCGACGGCCGCCUCGCCCGCCCCCUCCAACUGCUCCUCCUCCGCCUCCUCGCGGGUGGGCCGGCACAGCCUGAGCUCCAGCUCGCCCAGGAGUCAUCGCCCGGUGGCCAUUUCGCUGAGCAUCGACCACAAUCCCUCGCUGGCCAACCUGCGGUGCCGGGAGAUGAUGAUGGAGCAGGGAGGAGCAGGAGGAGGAGCAGGAGGAGCAGGAGCACCGGGAGUGCCGCUGGUGUCCAAGCAGCUCCACCAGACCAUCAGCGAGUACAUCAUCAAGCAGAGCACCGAGGACUGCCGGGCGCUGCUGCAGCAGUCCACAGCGGUGGCCGAGGGCAAGGAGGAGCCGCCGGCGAAGGGGGAAGCAGCUGCUCCCCCUGCCGGCACCACCACGCCCACCACUUCCACUUCCACCUCCACCCAGGGACCACCGGGAUCGGGCUCCUGCCCCGGCGAGAUGAACAGCGGCAGCGGCAAGACAAUAAAGGCCAUGUCCAGCUCGAGCAGCUUCGACUCCAAGGCCAAUCUCGGCCAGAGCUUCCGCUACAAGAUGUCCGCGGAGGCCAGCAAGCUGUUCCAGACCCUCCAGGAGAGCCCGCUGCCCGUGGAGCAACGGGCCAAGCGACGUGGCCAGGUGGCCAGUACCAACGGCAGUGGCGGCGACUCUGGCCAGGAGACGAACGAGCCGAAAUCAAACGGGGAGCGGCAGGAGAAGAAGGUGCUGGCCCAGGGCAGCUCCAGCACGGACGAGGGCUGCGAGACGGACCAGGGCAACGAGCCGGGCUCCGCCUCGCAGGAGUCAAAGGCCGCCAGCGGUGGACCCACCUCGCACUCCAGCAGCGAUCUGACCCACCUGGGCGGAGCCACUGCCUCGGGGCAGAGCCACCGGAUGCGCUCCUAUGCCAGCAGCAGCUCCUCCAGCGGCGUCCUCGCCGGCAGUGCGGGCAGCUACUCGAAGAGUCUCAGCCAGAAUUUGAGUCGUGGCUCCUCGAAGAGCAACUGCAGCGCGCCCUACGACAGCCUGGACUUCGCCCUGCCCUCCGGCAAGGGCAGCCUGCCCUCGUGCAUGGGCUCCAGCUCCAUGCUGGCCACGCCCACGCCGGCCUCCGCCUCGCCGGCGGCCAUCUCCUCGGAGCAUUCGUCGGAGAGGUCGCUGUACGGGAGCCACAGCUCCUGCAUCCACAUGCCGGGAUUGGGAUUGGGAAUGGGAUUGGGAUUGGGUCUGCCGCAGAGCUCUGCCUCCACGCCCACGCCGAAUCCCACGCCACCGCCCCCGCAGCCCAACGGAGGCGGAGUGCCGUUCCUGGACAAGCGAUCGCCCAUUCACUUCCGCGAGGGACGACGGGCGAGCGACGGGCUGGUGGCCCAGGGACUCCUCAGCUCCGGCUCCCUGCUGGGCACCAGUCGGGUCUACGGAAGCUAUCGCUACGAGCAGGCCAAGCGGCACGGCUGGCUGGAGAUCCAGCAGCUGCAGCAGGAGGCGGCAGUGGGUCAUCCGCAUCCGCAUCACCAUCCGCAACACCAUCCUCAUCCUCACCAGCAUCCCCAUCCGCAUCCACAGGCCUACGGCUUGGAGGAACUCUGUCAAUUUCCGAACGGUCAAUUCUACGCUCUGCCCGGCAAGCAUCAUCCGCUGCUGACGCUGCCCCACCACCAUGGCCAGCAUCCUGGCCAGCACCUCCAUGGCCACCAGCACCCGCUGUUCCACGCGGGUCACCAGGCCACGCCCCUGCUGCUGGAGGCUGUUCCCGGUGCCGGGGAGGUGUACGGCCAUGGCUGCUAUGCUCCGCCACCGCCGCCACCGGGUCUCUAUCCGCAUCAUCCUUUGGGCGUAGGUGUGGGCGUGGCCGUGCCCAUGUCGCCGAUGCAGAAGCCACCGCUGCAGCAGCAGCUCCUGCAGCACCGCCUGCUGCAGCAGAAGCGCCAGCUCUUCCAGAAGCAGUACGCCCUGGAGGCCCAGCUGGCCAGUCGUCAUCAUCAUCAGCAUAGUCAUCACCAGCAGCAGCACCACUUCAACCACAGCCUGGGGCAUCCACCUCCGCCGGCUCCUGCACCGGAGCACCAUCACCACCACCACCUGGCCGACGAGCUGUACGAGUUGGCCCUGCUCGAGCGACCCAGGAGCGGAACACCCCGGCUGCAGCACUCCAUGACCAUGCCGGGAGCGCAUGCCUUCAGCCAGAUGAACCUCAAGACCUCCUACAUCAGUCAAUCGGAUCAGCCGUCGAAUGGAGGUGGUGGUGGAGGAGGAGGAGCUAGUGGUUCCGGGGGAGGAUCUGCUGCAUCCGGGGCCUCCUGCUCAGCGUCUCCGUCCACCGCGCCGGGCACGCCCACGGUCAAGUGCAAGCCGAGCACGCCCCACGGGCACAGCCUGGAGUCGGACUAUCAUACAUCGACGCCCGUGCUCAGCCUGUUUGCGCCCAACUGGCAGUCGCUGGUGAAGCCGCUCAGCGAGAGUCCCAUCCUGGAGAUAUCGGAGCACCUGGAGUCCGUCUAGGGAGCAGAUGGCAUGGGGAUGCAUCCAACUAACGGGGACCGCGUCGGGGUCACCUUUUUAUUAAGCUCGCAUUCGCAAUUACGAAUUAUUUGAUCCAUAUACGAUAUACACCCACAUACAUACA